AUGGCUAUGAACUACGGCUACCCUACCGGAUACGGUGCUGGUUUUCCACUCCUACCUCCGGUCCCUCAGCCUCCUCCGGCCCUCGGUACUCAUGGAGUCAACUUUGAGGUCCCGCAGUUCGCUCCCUUCUCUGGCAACAAUGAUGCUAUUGACAGCACCACUCGCCACUACGCCAAGCGUGAAGCCAACUCUGCUGAUCUACCCAACAAGCGACAGUUCACCGGCUUCAGCGACGACCGUGCAGUGGCUGAUGUUAUCAAGUCUGUCAACCAUCUCUCGUGCUCUAAUGGUUGGGGUGCUCUCGAGUACUACUUCUUCCUAACCAGACUCUUGGACGAGACGGUCAGCAGGGAGGUCAGACCUUUACCUCAGCAGACGCAUAGUGCUUGUGCUCGUGAGGUCAUGCGUAUCUGCCAGCUUCUCUCCCAGUUACACAAAUCCAGUGACACGGACUACAUCAGGAAGCUCUUCAAGUGGAACAGCCUUUACAUGGGUGAUCGCCAACAACUUGGUGACUUCUUGAAGGCCUUCGACUCUAUCCGCCUCGACAUCGAGCGUCAGCAAG